CAGAGUGAUUAUCUAUGUGAACUGAUUCAUCUGUAUCAAUAGUGUGUUUGUGUAAUCUGUAAUAUAGUGAGUUUUUGAUCCUGGUCAAGGUUAGACCGUUGGCCCUGUAAUUUGUUAUUUAACGGUUAUUAAGCUUCGUCACAGAAAUCAUUUAUUAGUAUUGUAAGUUUCCUUUGAUUAUGAUUUUAUUUAUGUUAAAUAGUUUUACUGAGAGCGGGCUUGUAUCCCCCAGAUCCCGAAGUGCUUGUAAGCAAUAAACAGACAUCAUUGAAUCGACAUCGGAGCUGUCUGGGUGUCUUCGUUGGAGUCAACUGAUGUUACUAACUGUCAGCCGUUAGUCCACCAUCAUCAUCAUCAUCACAACACAACGCAGAGACUGUAGGCUGUCACUAUUAUCAGCGAUAUAAAGGAAACUUAACGGGGGUAUUAUAAACUGUGAGGCUAAUAUAGUCCCCCGUUAGACUCAGCACUGUCAUUAAGCUCAGCAAAGACAGACUGGACCUCAGUAGUUACGCUGAGUAGCAGAGACUCUGUGGCACUGGACUGCUGAGAGAGUCCAGGAGUAUCAGGAGCCAUGGGGACCACACCUCCUUUUGGAGACUCCUCAGUACCCCAUGAAAAUGAAAAGGGCCUACUGCCACUCAGUCAAGUUCAACAAACUGGGAAAAAGUCAGAGGGAACCUGGUGGACUGGUGGAGGGACGUAGAGCCAGACUGGGACAGAACCAAUGAUACGGGGAAUGGUCAAUGAGAAAGCUUCCUCAGUGACUGUCACCUUUUACUCUGAAGUCAGGAUCUUGAAAACUCUGCAUGAUGAGUCACAAAGAAGUCAACAAAGAAAAACAGAAAAAUAGAAAGACAGAAAGAAAGAAAGAAAGAAAGAAAGGCACUGGGUGUGAGGAGAUCUACAAUUAUACCAUUAAAGGAGUGAAGACAGGAAGGCAGAUAACAAAUGAGGAAGUGGCCAUGAAGAAUAUUUUUGAGGAACUUUAAGUUAUCUGACACACAAAGUAUCAAGUCUUAAGGUCUCUUUACCUUUUGGUAAUUUCUUGUCUUGCUGAUUGUUAUUUGUAUGCAACCAGGAGUGUUUUUAAGUCAAAAGAAAUUAAAAGGUGAUAAAUAGUUUUUAUUCUUUAGUUUGUGAGUAGGAGUAAAAGUGAAGGAUUUUUUCUUUUAUCUUUCAAUUAAGUUCAAAAGUUUACUAUUAGCAGUUGCAUAAAUACUGGCCUUGUUUACCUCUGAUGUUGAAAUCAAUCAAAUUAAAUUAUUUCCAAAGUAAAAAGUUUGUAACCAUGUUUACAUGUUCUUAUAGUGAUAGCAGUACUCAUAUAAAGUGUUAUUUUUUCUGUAUCAACUAUAUGUUUGUUGUUAAGUUGUUAAUAAAGAUGAUUCAAGGCCUGAAAUGUGACAAAGUCUGGGAGCAAUUUAGAGGAAAGUGUUAUUAUUUCUCCACCAAUUAUUCAUCCUGGGAAGAGACCAGACAUCUCUGCCAAAGUCAUGGAGGAGACCUGGUGAAGAUAGACAGUAUGAAGGAGCAGACAUUCUUGGAGAAGAAACUGAGUGACAAAAUGAACUAUGAAGAGGACAAGUUCUGGGUCAGACUGACAGACUCAGAGGAAGAGAACAAAUGGUUUUGGGUGGAUGACUCACCACUGAACACAAGGUUUGAUUGUUGUGAAAACAUUUUUGGGUGACAGGAUGUUUUUCACACAGUGGUGAAAUACCAAAGAUUAAUGUGGAAGCUCACAACCCUGAAGAGAGAGCAGUGGAGAAAGGUCAACGAGAAAGCUUCCUCAGUGACUGUCACCCUUUACUCUGAAGCCAGGAUCUUGAAAACUCUGCAUGAUGAGUCACACAGAAGGUGAAGCUCUUGACUCCCAACAACAUGCAGUGUCAAAAGGAGGGUCAAAGGUCACAUCAGAGAGAGUGGCCCUGCUGGUUCUCAGCGCUCUUUUGGUUGUCGCUCUCAUUGUUAUUUAUCGUGUCUCUAUGGUCAACAUGCAAACCAAGGAAAGUCUCCAAAUGCUGAAAACCAAGUACAAAGAAGUACAAAGACAUCUCAAUGAGACACUCUCUAGAAAGGUGGUGCCACCUUCCUGCCCACAACCUCCUGAAAUAAAACCAAGUGAUUCAUGCCUGAAAUGUGACAAAGACUGGCUGCAAUUUGGAGGGAAGUGCUAUUAUUUCUCCACCACGACUUCAUCCUGGGAAGAGAGCAGACGUUACUGCCAAAGUCAAGGAGGAGACCUGGUGAAGAUAGACAGCUGGGAUGAGCAGACAUUCUUGACAAAGGAACUGAGUGACAAAAUGAACUAUUAUGAGGACAUGUUCUGGAUCGGACUGACAGACUCAAAGGAAGAGGGCAAAUGGUUUUGGGUGGACGACUCACCACUGAACACAAGUUUGUCUUUCUGGCGAGAACAUGAGCCGGACAAUUGGGGCAGGGAAAAUCAUGAAGGAGAGGACUGUGUGAGGAUGGGAGAGAAAGGAAGACCUGCAGAGCUGAACUGUUGGUCUGAUAAAUCCUGUGAUGAGCCUCAAAGAAUUAUUUGUGAGAAACAAGCAGAAAAAGGAUUUAGUAGGGUUAUGUGUUUCUGAAAUCCAGUUGAGCUCAGACUUCUCAGACUAUUUACAGUUUUCAUCAGUUGCUUUGGCACAAUUGUCAAAUAAAAAUCAUGAUUCUUACAACACAGUGUGCUAUUCUAAAACCUGCAGUUCAUUUUCUCACAACUGUAUUCACAUUUCUUGUUUGUCGUUUCAAAUAUAUGAGUCCAAAUAUGUUCAGAUGAUCCAGUGAUGCAUUGAGUUAGUCUCUCUACACUAGACGUGUAUAUCAAAAUGUUCAUUGUGUGCAGCAAACUGUCCAAACUUUUCAAAUAUACAUGUGACAUAUAUUUCAAGAUUAUAAUAACAAAUGAACAUUGCCGUUUUAGUGCAGCUUAUCACAUGUUAAAUGUAGUUUACAGAGUAUCUCAGGGAUUCCCAUGUGAUAUGGAGGGGAGGGUUACACCAUGACAAAAAUAUGUUGCUGGAGGACAUUUACAAUGUUUCUUUUUAAAUAAAUAUUUACUUAUGCACAUGCAUUUCUGUACUGAGGCCUUUGUUUUUACUGUACUUUCAUUUAUGUAUUGUCUUUUUUUAUAUCACUGUUACAUAUAUACUUACUGUCAUUAGGGGGACAUGACAGAAAGGUGAACCGUGACAGUAAAUAAACAGUUGAAAACGGUGUUUGUAUGACAUGAGUUUAUUCAGUUGGCUAUAGAGGCUGUUUGACUUUAUUAUUUGGUUUGUGUGUGUAAGUCUCAAUAAGAAAUUACAUUCUGUCACACUGUCACAUACUAAACAUGUCAAGGAAGUUAUUUACUUUAAAAACACAAGUUAAAAGUUUUGAGUGCUCAGUAGAAAAUGGUGUGGUGAUUGCUCUUAGUGUUCACAGAGCUCUGACAGUGUUUCAGAAAAUGGUUAAAAGGAUAAGGCUGGCGAUUUUCUACAUUUUUCUUAUUGUUA